GAAUUCUGAUCAUCAUCUGAUAAACAUUUUUCAUUAAAAGGUUCUUAAGUUGAUUUCAAAUUCCACUUCAACAGUCCUAUGACAGACCCAAAUAACUCUCUGAAAGUCGUUGAAGUUUGUAGGGUAGCUCCACAAACAAAACCUGGCUCAUCAGACUCAGCAUUCUCAUCAGGAGUAGAGAAUCUUACCUACAACAAAGAUGGUCCCGUUUCAGCAGUAUUCCAAAUCAAUCACACACUGGUGCCUCACGAGUUGUCUCUUCCGCUAACCCUCUUCGACCUCCUAUGGAUAAGGUUUCCGCCCUUCCAUCGCCUUUUGUUCUAUGAAAUAUUGCCAUGCUCUUCACCUGCAGACACUUUACUCUUUUUUCAUUCAACAAUUAUUCCAAAACUCAAAACGUCGCUCUCUAUCACCCUCCAACAUUUUCUACCUCUAGCCGGAAACAUCACGUGGCCCGAGAACUCCCACAAACCCACCCUCGAUUACGUCCAAGGUGACACCCUUUCGCUCACGGUAUCCGAAUCUGAUGCCGAUUUCCACCACCUCUCAAGCAAUGACUUUAAAAUCGAAUCCAAAGAAUACUAUCCCCUCGUACCCCAACUGGCAGUAUCUCAUGAAAAAGCGGCCGUGAUGGCGUUGCAAAUCACCAUCUUUCCCAGCGGCGGUUUUUCCAUUGGCAUAUCGAUGCACCAUGCAGCUAUUGACGGCAAGACUCUCUUCUUGUUUCUGAAAUCAUGGGCUCACAUAUGCAAACAUGUUCAUCAAUCUGAUGAUAUUUUGUUACCUGAUCAGCUCAAACCAUUUUAUGACAGAAGCGUAAUCCAACACCCGAUCGGUCUCCAACUCGAAGCGAUCUACUUGAACCAGUUUCUAAACAUGGACGGAAGACAAAACAAUCGAAGCUUGAUGGUUGCAGCUCAAUAUAAAUCUCUAGUGGUACCGAAUUCCUUUCGAGGCAUCUUCGAAUUCACAAGCGCGAACAUACAAGCUUUACGGAAAAGGGUCACGACCAGAAUGAAAGAGAUCACCACCAACCAACAACAAGAACGUGAUCCAUCGGUUCAUAUGUCAACUUUUUCGCUAACGUGCGCUUACACAUGGGUUUGCUUAGUAAAAGCAGAACAAGGGGAGGAAGAAGAAAUAAAAGGGGACAAGAUACCUUUGUUUAUUAGCGUGGACUGCCGGUCACGCUUAGCCCCUCCUUUACCUGCAAACUUUUUCGGAAACAUAGUCACGGCCUACCUAACAGUUGCAGAAAGAAAAGGACUUUUGGGAGAAGACGGGUUGGUUAUGGCGAUAAUUGCGAUCAGUGAAGCCAUUAAAGGUUUGGACAACGGGGUUUUGAAUGGCGUGGAAGAUUUGGUUUCACGAUUGUACCUCUCUGAUGAACAGAAGAGUACAUCUGAUCCUCGCACAGUAUUCACGACCGCUGGAUCGCAUCGGUUUGACAUGUAUGGCACUGAUUUUGGAUGGGGAAGGCCGAGGAGUACCGAAGUGGUUCGGAAAAAUAGUACCGGAGCGAUCACUUUUGCAGAUGGCAAGAACGGUGGUGGCGCUGUUGACAUUGGGGUGGUUUUGGAAAAACAUCAUAUGGAGGCAUUUGCUUCUCUAUUUGCCAAGGGUCUUGAAACCCUUUGAAGCUUGAACCCUCAUUUCAUGUGUACUGGUCAACUGAAAAAUUGUAUGCUUCCUUUUCAUGGUUAAUAUUGUGAUGACGAUGUUCUUUGGAGCACGAACCUCUGUUUCGAAA